AUGGAAGGUAUGGCCGCUUGGAUCGGAGAGAAUGGAGUUUAUAUUAGUGUAAGUUCUUGAAAACAUUAAGUAGACUUUAUUUCAUUUUCCAGAUCUUCCUAGUAACCUUAUUUGCUGGCAAUCUCGUAGCCUUACAAAACUAUGGUUUAGCCUACAGAUUCGUCGUUAUCUUACCUCAAGAAACAUUCAGCCGCAUAGUAACUAAACCUAUAUGCACAGUAAUCUACAUAAUCUUCAGUGAAACGAUAAUAUUUGGCAUUGGCUUCGGUUUGUGUAGCGUUUUGUGUAGCCAAAGUCAGGCGGCCGAACUGUUGAGACAACGUAACUUAUGGGAGGUUGAUCCAAUUCUGCCAAACUCUUAUCGGAUUUUGUUUAAAAGUGAAAAUACAGAGUUUAAGGGCAUUAUUUAUGUCAUUUUUGGCAUUGCUAUGGCUGCUGAAAUGGCAUAUUUACUAUGUGUACGGUACAUACUGUAUAUUAUUAGGAAACAACAUGCCUUUUUUUCAAAGAGUACUUAUAGGAUGCAUAGACAACUUACUGGAUUGUUGGGUAUACAGGUAAGAGACGGCUUAAAAAAGCCUUCGAAAAGGAACGGAGGGGGAAGGAGGAGAAGGGAGGGGGGGUAAAGUAAGGCAGCUUACAAUAAGCACGGUAAAGCAAGAAAAAGCGAAAGAAGCAGGUUAGGAUAAUUGACGGCUAGCUGAGACUCAAAUGCUAGGGCAAGACAUUGUGUUAGGUACAACGGGCGUUGGUCUAUGGUGAAGCUAAGAAAGGGCUAAGAUAAACUACAGUAAGAUACAUAAAGUUAAAUGUAGAGUAAGAUGAGUAGAGUAGAAUAAGGCUAAGGUAAGGAUAUAACAAAGUAGGAUAGGGUAAAGUAUGUUAAAGUCAGGAUAGUGUAGAGUAAGGUACGGCUAUGAUAAAGCUAUAAUAAGGGUAGAGUAGAGUGAGUUUGGGCUACAAUACGGUGAGGGUAAGAUAGGGAGGAUAAGGUAGGGUAGGGUAGGGUAGCGUAGGGUAGGGUAGCGUAGGGUAGAGUAGGGUAGGGUAGGGUAGGGUAGGGUAGGGUAGGGUAGGGUAGGGUAGGGUUGGGUAGGGUAGGGUAGAGUAGGGUAGGGUAAGGUAGGGUAGGGUAGGGUAGGAUAGGGUAGGGUAGGGUAGGGUAGGGUAGGGUAGGGUAGGGUAGGGUAGGGUAGGGUAGGGUAGGGUAGGGUAGGGUAGGGUAGGGUAGGGUAGGGUAGGGUAGGGUAGAAUAGGGUAGGGUAGGGUAGGAUAGUUUAUAUCCUCUUCAAAAUUGAUAAUCACCUUUUCAGCUUCUAG